AGGCUCUUUCGAAAUAUUCUAACUUUUAUACCCAGAACUCAAAAACCCUUCCUUUUUUUGCCCCUAAAAAACCUGCUUUCUUCUUCCGCCAUUGUUUCUUUGAGAAUCGUCAAUGGCGGAAGAAGAAGAAGUAAGAAUGGAAGUAGAAGCUGUUGAAGCCGUUUAUGGCGAUGAUUGUAUCGUCCUCAACAGAUUUCCUCCUCAUCUUCAUCUCCACAUCAAACCUCGAACAGCCGACGUCCAUUUUCAACAGUUUGUGGAAGCAACCAUUGAGUUACGGGCUGGUCCACAGUAUCCCAGUGAUCCACCUUAUGUUGGUAUUAUAGGUUCUAAAGGGCUUGAUGAGAAAAGGCUAAAACAUCUGAGUAAUGGUUUACAUGAUAUGGCUCAUGAACUGGCAUCUUGUUUGAUGCUUGUGGCGCUUUGUGAGGAAGCAGUGGAAAGACUUACUAGCAUGAACCACCCUGAAGGUGAUUGUCCACUGUGUUUGUAUCCUUUGGUACCAGAAGAUAGGCACAGUGAAUCCGAGCCAUUUAUGAAGUUGAUGUCUUGUUUUCAUUGCUUUCACUGUGAGUGCAUUGUGAGAUGGUUGAAAUGGAUCUUGAAAGAGAAUGAAGCCUGUUGCAGAAUCUCAAGUAGUCUGUCAUCUAUCAUCAAUGAAGAAAAGGAACUAAUUUCAGAUUUACGCCAAAUGAUGGGAGAUAAUACAGGAAACUGUCCUGUCUGUCGCAAAGUCUUUCUGGCCAAAGACAUUGAACAUGUGCUCAACUUGGCUGGUUCUCAUGAACCGGAUUCGGAUGUUUAUGAUAAGGAACUUGUGGAAAAAGUCCUCCAAUGUGACCUGGAGACUAGUAGAAGACGGAAGUUUGAGGCGAUCUUGGAGCUUCAACAACAGCAUGGUGGCUUGAUCGAACCUCCGAAAGGCAAUGUAUUAUUUUCGCGCCUUUCUCUCCAAGACUUGGUCAGGGAGGAUGCCGAUGCAAUGAAUGAUGGAACUAGUGAGCAACAGCAAACCAAUCAUAUAGGCAGAGAAGAACCGGAGUCCAGUAGCUCUUCAAAUCGCACCCGUGGAAGGAGAAGGCAACAUCAAAGAGGUCACACUGUCGUGGUGGAACCUGCAUCUCGUGGUCCCCAAACUAGGUCUAGUGCUGGGCAGCACGGACAUUCUGGCAUGAGAAAACAUGGUAGAUAUUAUUCUAGAGUGCAAGCCAAGCCGCGUCCCAAGGAAUAAAGAUACUCUUGGCUUAGGUCGAAUUCAGGUACCUUUUCUCCACUUUCCUAUGGUGGUUGGAAAAUGCUGUAGUAUGUCAUAGUACUUUGCCUCUGUGCAUAAAGUUAAAUCUUGUCGAUAAAAAACAAGGAUCGAAAUUAUAUCCUUUUGUCAUUUAUAUAUUCUUUUUCUUCUUAAAAAAAAAACUUUGUUGCUCCCCUUGCUACUUAUUCACCCCUCCAGCUUCUCUAGUUUUUGUGGGGGCUGAGGCGGAUGGAGCUUGCAAAGUGUAGAGAUUACUGUAUUGGAAUCAUACUUGUGUAUAAAUUGGAUUUGUUAUGAAGGGUU